UAAAAAUUACCAACGAUUCGAAAGGUUUCCUGCAGUGUUUUCCUGAAUAAAUUCCCGCUGUGAAGAAUUUUUGUGUGGCAUUGACCAUUUGCCGGUGAAAGUGAAAAGUGUUAAUAUGAAACUUUUUUGGGCGCUAUCAGCCCUAUUGGUGUUGACAUGGAAUCGUCACGCCGAAGCCGCCUGCGGUUAUAAGGCUUGUCCCGCUUCCAAGGCCAACAUGAUAAACGUGCAUCUUGUGCCACAUUCCCAUGAUGAUACAGGCUGGUUGAAAACUGUCGAUCAAUAUUAUUAUGGCAGUCGCAAUGGUAUACAACAUGCUGGAGUUCAAUAUAUACUCGAUAGUGUUAUUACGGAAUUGUUAAAGGAUUCCAAGAGAAGAUUCAUUCAAGUUGAGUCUGCUUUCUUCUUCAAAUGGUAUAAUCAACAAACUUCUGCAGUACAAAAGAAUGUGAAGACUUUGAUUGAUGGCGGUCGUCUGGAAUUCACUGGCGGUGCCUGGAGCAUGAAUGAUGAGGCAGCGGUACACUACCAAAGUGUGAUUGAUCACUUCACUUUGGGAUUGAAAACUCUUUCUGCAACCUUUGGCGCCUGUGCCCGCCCCCGUGUGGGCUGGCAAAUUGAUCCCUUUGGUCAUUCCCGCGAAAUGGCUUCUCUGUUUGCCCAAAUGGGUUUUGAUGGUGAAUUCUUUGCCCGCAUGGACUAUAUGGAAAAGAAUGAACGUCUUAACAAUAUGACCGGCGAGGUGAUAUGGAAAGCUUCUGAAAAUUUAAAUAGCGAAAUUUCGGAAAUUUUCACUGGUGUUCUGUACAAUCAUUACUCUGCUCCUCCUGGCUUCUGCUUUGAUAAUUUGUGUUCGGAUGAUCCCAUUAUUGAUGGUAACAGUUAUGAUAAUAAUGUCAAGACUAAGGUUGAUGAUUUCAUAACGUAUAUCAAUAAAAUGGCCAAAUAUUAUCGUGCCACUGACUUAUUGGUACCCAUGGGUGAUGACUUCAAUUAUGAAAAUGCUGCCAUUAACUAUGGCAACAUGGAUAAAUUGAUAAAAUAUGUCAACGAGCGUCAAGUGCAAGGUACCAAGAUCAAUGUCUUCUAUUCCACACCCGCAUGUUACUUGAAUGCCGUGCAUAAUACCAUUCGCACCUGGCCAACAAAAACCCAGGAUUUCUUCCCCUAUUCCACGGAUUGGCAUACCUAUUGGACGGGCUACUAUAGCUCACGUCCCACCCAAAAGCGUUUUGAGCGUGAAGGCAAUCACUUCUUACAAGUGGCCAAACAAUUGACCACCAUUGCAAAUCUCACCUCUGCUGCCGUUACCCAAAAUGUCGAUAAGUUGCGCCAAGCAAUGGGUAUCAUGCAGCAUCACGAUGCCAUUACUGGCACAGAGAAGCAACAUGUGGCCUAUGAUUAUGAUCGCAUGCUGACGGAUGCCAUCAAUGCCGUGCAUAAUAAUACUCGCGAUGCCUUGCAGAAACUUUCCAAUCUCACCAGUGGUGAAUUUGCCAGCUGCCUGCAGUUGAAUAUGAGCAUCUGUGAAUAUUCCCAACAUAGUCCGAAUAAUUUGGUGGUGACUCUGGUGAACCCCUUGGCGCAUCACUCUAUGCAGUAUGUAAGGAUCCCGGUUAAAAAUGGCACCUACAAUGUCACCGAUAUAUAUGGCAAAAUUGUACAAUCCGAAGUGGUACCCCUGCCCAAGGAAGUGGUGGACCUCACACAUUUGAGGGCCAAUGUCAGCCAACAUGAAUUGGUGUUCUAUGCUUAUGUGGAAAAGAUCAGCCAUUAUUAUAUUAAGACUGUGAUUCAACCCAGAGGCCAUGAUGAGGUUAGCGACGAAUCGCAGGCUAAGGUGAAAAUGCCCAGACGCUUCAUGAGGGAGGAAAGAACUAAAACUGAAAAGACAGUAGAAAAGAUUGAGCCCAAGGCUGUGGGCGAUGUUGUGGUGCAAAAUUCGCUCAUCAAAUUGACCUUCAACAGCAAUGGCAUUUUGUACAAUAUCCAAAUGAAUGGCAUCACCGAGAAUAUCAACCAAGAGUUCUACUACUACAAGGGUGCCUAUGGCAAUAACAUGGAAUUCAAGAAUAGAUCCUCAGGCGCCUACAUCUUCCGUCCCAAUGGUACCGAAGUCUUGGUCAGUCCCAAGGCAACUCUGACCAUCUAUAAUGGCAACAUGGUCAAAGAGGUGCAUCAACGUUUCAAUGAGUGGGUCUCGCAGGUGAUUCGCAUAUACAAUGGCAUCAAUCGUGUGGAAUUUGAAUGGUUGGUGGGACCCAUACCCAUUACCGAUGGUAUUGGAAAGGAGGUCAUUACUCGUUUCACCACGAGCAUAAAUAAUGCUGGAGUCUUCUAUACCGAUUCGAAUGGUCGCGAAAUGUUGCGUCGUAUUCGCAAUGGACGCGAAUAUUUCAAGCCCAAUCUGACGGAGAGCGUUUCGGGCAAUUAUUAUCCUGUCACAGCUCGCAUUGCCAUGGAAAAUGCCAAGAGUCGCUUGGCGCUUCUCAAUGAUCGUGCCCAAGGUGGCUCCAGCGUUAAGGAUGGCUCCUUGGAGUUGAUGUUACAUCGUCGUCUAUUACGUGAUGAUGCCUUUGGUGUAGGCGAGGCUCUCAAUGAGACUGUCAAUGGCAAGGGUUUGGUAGCCCGUGGCAAGGUCUAUUUGAUACUCAGCCCCACCAAUCAGGCACAAAAUAUCUACGAACGCAUGGCCCAACAGGAAAUACAUUUGCCCUUCUGGAAAUUCUUUAGCAACGCCACCAAGUCCACCAACAAGGUGCCACCACGCAUACUCAACUUUAACUCCUUGCCCGUUCAAGUGCAGGUUCUCACUUUGGAGCCCUAUUCACCCAAUGAGCAUUUGCUGCGUUUGGAAAAUUAUAUGGACAAGAAUGAGACCAGCGCCACUACUUUCAGCGUACGCACCCUCUUCGAUAUGUUGCAUGGCACAGAGAUACGUGAAACUACUUUGGAUGGUAAUCUAGCUUUGGGCAGCAUGAGUCGCUUCAAGUUCCAACCGGAUGGCAAGACACCGCCCAACAAAGUGGAAUACUACACCUCCAAGUAUACUCCCUUAACGGCUGUGGCCAAAGAUCCUGAGACUAAGUUCCGAAUAACCAUGGAUCCCAUGCAAAUUAGAACUUUCAUCAUUAAGUGGAAAUAAAAGUUAGAGGCGAUGAGAUUAAGCGUGCAUUGAUGAUGAAAAGCUGUAAGAUGUUGGUGUAUUAAGCAAAAAUAAAUUUUGAGAUUUUUUAUAAAUGUAAGAA